ACAAACACAUGUGUGCGGCUGCUGUGGCAAUGGAUAUAUAAGGCUGACCUCCCGACUCUUUACCAAAGCACAGAAAUCAGCUACAAGCCAACCGCAACCAUGAUGGGCAAGAUUAUCUUCUACGAGGACAAGAACUUUGGCGGCCGCCAUUAUGAGUGCAGCAAUGACUGCACCGACCUGCACACCAUGUUCAACCGCUGCCAGUCCAUCCGCGUCGAGAGCGGCAUGUUCAUGAUCUACGACCGCCCCAACUUCAUGGGCAACCAGUUCUUCGCCAGGAGGGGCGAGUACUCCGACUACAUGCGCAUGAUGGGCAUGAACGACUGUGUCAGGUCUUGUCGCCACAUCCCCAUGCACCGCGGUAACUUCAGGAUGAGGAUGUACGAGCGCGCUGACAUGGGCGGCCAGAUGAUGGAGCUGAACGACGACUGCCCCAACCUCAUGGACCGCUUCCACAUGUCCGACUUCAACUCCUGCAACGUGAUGGAUGGCCACUGGCUGAUGUACGAGCAGCCCAACUACAGGGGCCGCCACUACUACGUGAGCCCCGGCGAGUACAGGAGGUACAACGACUGGGGAAGCAUGAACCCCAAGAUCGGUUCCAUCAGGCGCGUCAUGGAUCUCUAAAGACAGAACCACGGUUCUCGUGAAAUGUCUCCUCUUUGCCUUGUUUCACACACUGAAUAAAAUGGGGUCAGCGCUCAA